AAAAUCACUAAUAAAAAUCACGUACUUAUCUCGGUCUGUUGACUUUGUUGUCCGUGAUUGUGCGUUGUAUCUCGUUACCUAAACUUAGAACAUAACAACAACUCUUUUGCUUAUUAGUUAUUACUUAAGCAGUUGCCAGUUAGUGUCGUGCACUGAGAAGUCAUCUCUUAUUGAUAUUCGUUUUGUUGUUUGUUUAUAAUUUCAGGCCGAGUACGUCGUACUUCGUAAAUUUCUGUUCGGUGAGUGUUAGAUAUUUGUUAAAUUUUUUUUUAUCGACAAGUGAAUUUUGCGGUGACCAGCCAAUCUUACCUCGAUCUCACGAUGAACAGCAGUGACAGCGAUGAUUUGACGGAAGAAUUUUUAACAGACGACCAUCAAAAUUUCUUAUCUCAAGGACAAGAUACUCAGGAUGGCGUGGAAAUGGUCACAUUGGACAAUACAGAUGACUCAUCAAAUCAAGGAGAAGUGUAUGAACUUAAAUUUGGAAAACCACUUCGAGAACAAGAUAGAUUCCUUCCUAUUGCAAAUAUUGCAAAAAUUAUGAAAAAAUCUAUUCCAGAUGGUGGAAAGAUAGCAAAAGAUGCACGAGAAUGUGUACAAGAAUGUGUUUCAGAAUUUAUAAGUUUUAUAACCAGUGAAGCUAGUGACAGGUGUUUCCAAGAAAAACGUAAAACUAUUAAUGGAGAAGAUAUUCUUUAUGCGAUGUCUAAUUUAGGUUUUGACAAUUAUGUAGAACCCUUAAAAAUGUAUUUGCAAAAGUAUAGAGAGGCUACAAAAGGAGACAAAUCAAUUGGAAUUGAAGAACUUUCUGAUGACGUAUUUUCUAAUGACACAAGUUAUACAAAAAUAUUUGGACAAAACAGUCAAAGUGAAUCUGUCAUCUACUAUCAAGAUCCAAUUCAACAAUUCCACAUAGUAUAGUUAAUUCUUUUGUUUUUCUUAUUUUGUCAUUAGACUGUAACUAUAUAUCUUGAAAAAAUGUAUUGCACUAAUUGUAGCUUUUAUAUAAGAUAUAUUCUGUAAAGUAUAUUUUAUAUACUAUAAAAUAUUAUAUUGUAUAAAUUGAUGUA